AUGGCGUUCAUGAUGCGGAGACCCUUUGCGGUCAUCGCGACCAUCGCAAAGGAAGUACCUAAGAACAACUUCGCCUCCGGAUUCCGAAGCUUUCAAACACAGGCCAGCGCUCCGGCAAAGCAGACCUUGUCCAAGCAGGCCGCGCCACUCCGCAAUGCCUUCGCUGCGCAACAACAACAGAGCCACUUCCUCAAGGCAUUCCGACAGUCAAAGCGAUCAUAUCAAACUGCCGCUCCACCAAACCCUCUCGCGCAGGGCAACCUCACCCAGCGCCUCAUCUAUGGUGGUGCUAUCGUUGGAGGAACUGUUCUCGCAAUCAACCUCGUCUUCAACCGGGAGACUCGCGACGAUGGCGGCAUGCCCCCAUAUGAACGCGCAUACCUCAACGACACCUUCCUCCACACUGGUCUCGGAGUCGGCAUCAUCGGUGUCGCUGCCACCGCCUUGCACCGUUCGGGAUGGUCUUACCGCCUCAUGACCGCCAACCCAUGGCUCAUCAUGGGUGUUGGUCUCGUCGCCUCUAUCGGAACCAUGAUGGGAGCUCGCAUGACGCCACCGGAGAACUACAUGCUCAAAUACGGUCUCUGGGCUGGAUUUAACGUUACCCAGGCUGCUCUCCUCGCUCCUAUGAUGUUCUUCAACCCGGCCAUCCUCGCUCGUGCGGGUCUGUACACCGUUGGUAUCAUGGGCUCCAUCGCUUUCGUCGGCGCCACCGCCAAGCAGGACAAGUACCUCUACCUUGGCGGUCCUCUUCUCGCUGGUGUCGCGGUCGUCGCUCUGUCUGGCCUUGCACCUCUCGUCAUUCCCGCUACUGCUAUCCGGACACUAGCAUUCACUGAGAACCUAUGGCUCUACGGAGGUCUCGCCGUCUUCUGCGGCUUCACCCUUUACGACGUCCAGAAGAUCCUCUACCACGCCCGCAUGGCCGAGCGCGGCCUCAUGAAGCGUGAUGUGGUCAACGAGUCCAUCUCGCUCGAGCUCGACUUCAUCAACAUCUUCGUCCGCCUGGUGCAGAUCUUGGCAAUGCAGCAAGGUAACCGACGACGAUGA